GAAAUUUAUUUCAAUACAAAUAAGUACUUUUUCAAAAUACUUGGCGCUACUAAACCGAAUCAAUAUGUUAAUUACCUUAGUAUAAAUCCUGAUAAUCUAAAGAAUUUUCUUACAAUCUAAGUUACAUAACAAAAUUCGCCGAAAUACAUAAACUAUGUUACAAAUAUAAUUAAAAUGUAAUUAAAGUUAUUCUAUACUUCUAAUGUCGCGCACACAUGCACGCAUCCACAAGAGAGAAAGAAAGAUAAGACAGUUAACAUAUUCGAUUUAGCAUUUAGCAUUUAGAUUUUAUUUAGCAACGUCAAGUAUUUUCAAAAAUACUUAUUUGUAUUAAAAUAAGUCUCCCUCAUUCAUAGUCGAUAUCGUGUACGUGUAUAUGCAUAUUCUGUAUGUAGUAUAGAUAAUAAGUAAUAGAUUUUCUGAUUUGCAUAAAUAUCCAUUUUCAUAGUUGGCGCAACUUUUUAAUAUCAUUAGUUUUAUAGAGUUAAUCUUUGAAGCGCGUAUACUUGGCGCUUUUUUAAAAAAGGUAAUUUUGUAAAAUAUACGUUGCAACAUUUAUGUGAAUGUAGCGUAUUAUUUAACACAUGUAAGAUUAAUUAAAUUUUCAGAAUAGUUAAUUUAGUUAAAUAUGUUUAAAUAUGUUUGUAAUAUGCUUCCAUAAAUUUAAAUAUGAUAAACAUUACAUAAAUAAUCAAAUGUUUAAAAUAUGUUGUUUCGCAAUAAUACCUGAAGAUACGUAAAAAUAUGUAAUGUCAUUCGUACUCCAAGUAUAAAACUCACUACGGAUUCCAUCAUACUACUGAUGCGAUAUCAUUGCAUGCAAUUUCCAUAUUUUUUAUUGCACAAUAUUUCGUAUUAGAUCAUUUAUUUGAUAAUUUAUAUUAUACUGAUAUUUGCUAUAUAUUUUUUAUCAUCUUCUUUAAGUGUAUAUGAAUAAUUAUAAAAUUUAACUUUUUCAUCAUAACAAUUAGUACUGUCAAGUGUUGACAAAAAGUAGGAUUAAAACGUUUUAUAUUAGGUGUACAAAUUAAUUCAGUGUUUUUUCUGAAGACAUUAAGCCUUUUUUUAUAAAAACAUAAUAAAUAUGUCAAUCUUUGAAAUAUUCGCUAUCAUUUUCUAAUACAAUUUUUUUCUCUCCGACAAAUCCCUUCUCGAAAAAAAGUAAGUAAAGCUCUAUUUUUUAAAAAAAGCACUGAAUUAAUUUGUAUACUUAAUAUUUUAAUUCACACAUAAUAAGUACGUAGAAGUACUGCCCGAUAAACACAUUAACCAAGGUUCUUGCACAUUUAACUUGAAAAAGUAUAGGAUCUAAAAAGAUUACUGCAAGCCUAUCCUAAUAUAUUUUGCACAACAUUGUUUACGACUUCUUCCUUCUUCUUCUUCUGCUUACGUCAGAAUAUCUUAACUAUCUGCGUAGCUCAUUACGUUUUUCUUGCAACUGUAUACUGGUGCAUUUAUUUACAGCAAAAAUAAUUUUUGGAGAAACUAGAUAUUUUAUUCUUCAACUUUAUGCUUUAUGUACAAGAGUAAACUUUCUUUUUUUUGAAAGAGUAUUCUUUCAAUAUUCUUUCAAUUCUUGAUAUCCAACAAAUACUCCGAUAAUACGCUAUUCUGAACUACAGGUGGUUCAGAAUAUGAUGAAUGCCAACAGUACAAAAUUAAAAAUAUAAUUAUCGUGUCAUGCGAAAUGAAAUGCGAUAAAAGCGAACGUUUCGACCAAGUUGAUACAUCAGAAAUGUUUCAGUCUUCGUUUUAAUCGUCAAUCUUCGUUCAAUCUAGCAAAGACAAAAUUCGAAAACUAAUUGCUAGGUGACUAGCGGUUGUUGGACGAAUCUUGUCUAAAGAUUCGUGUUACUACCUCACUGUUUCCAUUUUUGCUUUUCGAUCUCUCUUAAUGAUUUUCUUAUCCAUGCAGUUAAAUAUACAUAUGCAUAUUUUAUUAUCCAUACAGUUAAAGUACAUGCAUAUUGAAUUGACCGAAAAGUUCGUGCGGAUUUUUAAAAUGAAAUUUAAACGCAAAACUUUUAAGAAUUAUUACAAGUUACGCGGUUGUUAAAUUUUAUUCAAAAAAAUCUACACGGAUCUUCCAAGAACACAGAACUUUGUAUUGCUUUUUAAUACAAAUUUGUUUUUUAAUACAAAAUUAGAAAUUAAUACAAAGAUUUGCGUUUGAAGUUUCCUAAAGAAAUGCGCACAGUCUUUCCAGUCAACAUAUACAUACAUCCCAGAUGUAGAUUAUUGAGUAAGUUUAAACCAAGAUAUUCCACAGCGCACGAUAUAUUUCGUCAUGCAGCUAAAUGCGCUACGCAGACGAAAUGCAAUCACGUUACAAAAAACGGAAUGAGGGUCGAAAACCUCGAGGGCGUUCUAUGGCGACUACAUACGUCAAAUUGAAAUAUGCCGUUAUGUACACGUCGUUUUCCUUGCAAGCUUCCUGCAAAUCGUAAUAAAAGGGGACAUUGCGUCGGUCUGUGCGUAUGAACCACGCCUCCGAUAAAUAUUUAUGAUACACCCGUGUACUUUCGAGAAUCGAACGAGUUCGCGCGCGCUCGCGCGCACGUUUUUUAUUAAUAACAACGUACGCGCGUGCUGUCUCUCCUCGCUUAUCAGCCGCGGAGGGGACGCGAUUAUCAACAUGUUUUUAACGCCCCGUUCGCGGACAAGCUUGCCCUGACGCAAUUUUUUCUCCCCUUUCCCGCAAUCGCAUUUCACAAACGAGCAAACGAACGAUCAAACGGAUGAGCCGCGACGUCUCCUCCCCUCGUAAAAUCGUCAAUUCGCUCCCACCAUCGCCACCGCCAAAAGCAAUCGGCGAGCAACUCGAUUGAGAAGGAAGGGAGGUAUGCUGCUUCUUGGAGCGCACGUUUCUGAUUUCCCUCUCUCUUUCGCACCCUCUCCCUUCCUCUAUCAAUCUAUUGGCCCCUCUCUCUAUCUCCCUUACGUCUUACUGAUAAAUAAAAUAUUAACCGACAGUUAAUUCAAGCAUGCUGUAUUCGCGGUCGAGCGACUGAACUGGCAAUCAGUGAGCUGGCGAACGUGCGUUUCACCUGAAUAAACGUACUCGCGCGAGUUUUCCCUACUUGUGUUCCAUUCUCUCAACCACUGCUCAGGUCUCCGUGUGCGAUUCGCUGAGAACUUUACGAAAAUCGCAACUGAGAGCAAAUCUAUUUUCCAGUUCCUCUUUUGAAUUUUUUUCGUUGCGGUACAUUAUAGGUCAGUGAUUCGAUUUGAAGAUUUCCGUUAUUAUUCGCUUUCCUGUCUGGACUCAGGAGUUCUUCAAGAAAGAGACACGUAUCAGUAAAAACGAACGUGCAAGAGCACUAUCAACUCGUGUACGUACUGUAGAAUGAGCUGCGCGGAUACGCACAGCAACACAAACAGAUAGCGACGAUUUGUGCAUUUUUUUAAUUGUAUCUCUUCUUCUCCGGCGGUUAUCCGACCCAAUAUGGUUCACCUACGACGCAAGAUUGUAUCUUUUGGAAAUCUGAUCAAUCAGUUGCAACAGAAUGUACGAUGGAGUUCCUCUUUGAAAACCAAAGACAAGAAUUCUAUACAUCCACAGCGUUUGUUCAAGCAUGCAGACUUAUCAGUCCGCCUAGCUGGUCCCGAACAAUUAAAUCCUAAGCCUGAUGUCGACAAACUUUCAUUUGGCAAAUAUUUUACUGAUCACAUGCUGAAAAUACAUUACUAUGAAGGCAUGGGCGGUUGGCAAGCGCCAGAAAUUAUGCCUUUGGAAAAUCUAGUCCUUCAUCCAGCUGCAAAAGUGCUUCAUUAUGCUGUAGAGUUGUUUGAAGGUAUGAAAGCUUAUAGAGGUGUUGAUGGCAAAAUAAGAUUGUUUAGGCCAGAGCUAAAUAUGGAACGAAUGAAUAAUUCAGCAUUAAGAUCUGGCUUGCCACCUUUCAGAGGAGAGGAAUUAAUUAAGUGCAUUUGCAGAUUGAUUAGUAUAGAUCAAGAAUGGGUUCCACAUUCAACUGCCUCUAGUCUUUACAUUCGUCCCACGCUCAUUGGUGUCGAUCCUACACUUGGAGUUGCGACUUCGGAAUCGGCUUUAUUAUAUGUAAUCAUGUCUCCCGUCGGAUCCUAUUUUAAAAGCACAGGGAAGCAACUGGGAGUUUCGUUGCUUGCUGAUCCUAAGUACACGAGAGCAUGGCCUGGCGGUUGUGGCGAUGCUAAAUUAGGCAGUAACUACGGACCUACGAUUCAAGUGCAACAGGAAGCUAUUGAGAAAGGAUUGCAGCAGGUAUUAUGGUUGUACGGGGAGAACAACGAACUUACUGAAAUUGGCACUAUGAAUGUCUUCGUAGUUUUUAUAAAUGAUAAUGGAGAGAGAGAACUGCUCACACCACCUUUGAAUGGUUUGAUCUUGCCUGGAGUUGUGAGGAAUUCACUUCUAAGUAUAUCAAAACAAUGGAAUCAGUUCCCCGUUACAGAAAGAUCGAUCACAAUGCGCGAGAUCAUGCAAUUGCUUUCAGAGAACAGGCUUUUGGAAAUGUUUGGAGCGGGUACAGCGUGCGUAGUAAGCCCUGUAUCUUAUAUCGACUUCUUGGGUCAGGGGUUACACGUACCGACAAUGGAGCAGUCCGAGCCAAUUUAUCAAAUGCUCCAAAAACAUUUGCUGGAUAUACAAUACGGUGUUAUACCUGAGCAUCCGUGGAGUUUAGUUAUCGAGUAA